AUGAUUUUGGACUUUCCUCCGGAACUUAUUCAGCUUGUUCUGCUCCACUGCACCACCCCCGCAUUUCUUCAGAUAGCAUUCACCUGUCGUGCUCUGUAUGAGAUUGCUUCCAGUUGUCGAGAGGUUCUCGUUUCUCAUCUACUUCGGACCCCUGGGCCACCACUGGAUGUCUCCUCUCUUAGCACGAGUGACAUUUUCCCUGUUCUAAGAAGCCGCGCGGUCAAACAGCUAUGUGACAGCCAAUACAAUGCAAACUGCAUAAUACUCGAGUGCGGAGAUACAAGACCCAAUGUCAAGGCAUCAUCAUUCGCGGUGUACGGUGAUGAUACCCUUGUUCUGUUCACCUGCCGAGACCAACAAAACGUUGUCCACAUUUUUCGGGCCCAGCAUGGGCAGGUUGCGCUACUCGGUCGAGUGAGGCUUCCCUGGAUUCGGCCGGGAUCAGCUGAGAUACUCAAGACAGCCUUUGACGGACACGACUUGGUCUAUAUACUCUACAGAUUUAUUCCUGAUGUAGAGGAACCCAGCUCUAGUCCAGAGCAUAUCUUCGUGAAGCAAGCAAGGGAUUUCGGUGACAACGGACAAACGGUUUAUCUCACCUGCCACUCUUUACAAGCCCCAAACGAGCCUGUGAGAGUAUGUGCAUUUCCCGAGCACGGGCGUUCCGAACCAUCGGCUCUAGCUGUGGCUGACGGCGGUGCCUUUGCAAUCUCAUGGUGCCAUCCCAUGCUUUCGACCCACAGUGUUGUCUACUACACCAUCAAGGUGGGGUCAGAAUAUGACGUUGCGCCUGAUAUUGUUGGAUUCUUCCACACGCCUCGCCUAUUACACAAAUGGCUGGGAGGACCGCUUGUCACAGAAAUGGCAUUCAAUGACCGAUCAAGUCAAUUGCUAUACUCCUACCCCGCAAAAUCGCUCUAUGCAUCUUUUCAGAAGAUUGACCGAGCUGGGUCUCCGACCCUGUAUGAAAACUCCAACCCUGUUGACUUUACGGAUGACCUGAGUCUUCUCUUUUCGAUUGGCGUUCCUUUUUUCGGAACCCACGAGACGAAUACUCAAAAUGGCUUCGAGGUUUGCCGAUGGAGGUAUCUCUCCCUGGGAAUCGCCACGCACCGCGAGGAGAAAUGGACCGUUGCCUGCCUCCUAAGGUCCGAAGCCACCUGCCGGGCAAGGACAUGCGGGCAUCAGAUGAACCUUGAACGUGGCCGGCGCCUGCAGGACUGGACAGUCAUGGCCCGGCUCUGGGGAUUCCGCGACGCAACCGACUCCUCCCUCGGCUGUAGAGUUGCGGCCUCGAGAUUAGGAACUAGGAUUGCCGUUGCAAACUGGGAUGUCAUCUACGUUUGGGCGUUGCAGCCUGGCGCUCUCAUCGAUGGCGAUCCCGAGGCAUACUAUGACCCAUCUUGGAGGUCUACAAGCACGGGGCAAAUUGAGCUGCAACCCAUUGUCCUAAAGCUUGAUGCAGUUUGCUUCCAGCUUCGCUUUACGAAAAUUGAAAAUGAGCUUGUUGCCAUUACGGAUCGGGGAAUCAUGUUGUGGGAUCUCACGCCCUCUGGACGAGGGAGUAAAUCUCGACGGCUACUGGAUGUCCGGGACACCAUCGCAUGGAGUUGGUGGUUAGUUUCUUUAAUUUUCGGUGUUGACUAG